ACUACGUCACAUUUGUAUGCGGAAGUAGAUCACUGGAGUACCAGCAGUGUGUAUACUGUAUUCGACACUUGUCUAGUGCAGAAUCAAAUCACAGCUUGUUGUUCAAAAUGCUGAAGGCGGUAAUUUUAAUAGGAGGGCCUCAGAAAGGCACGAGGUUUAGGCCACUGUCGUUUGAAGUUCCCAAACCCUUGUUUCCAAUAGCUGGUGUGCCCAUGCUGCAGCAUCACAUCGAAGCAUGCGCCAAGCUACCAAAUAUGAAGGAGAUCCUGCUCAUUGGGUUUUACCAGCCCAAUGAAGAGCUGACAAGAUUUCUUUCAAAUGCUCAACAGGAAUUUAAAAUUUCCAUCAGGUAUUUGCAAGAAUAUGCAGCCCUGGGUACUGGAGGGGGCAUCUAUCACUUCAGAGAUCAAAUCAUCGCUGGUGGCCCCCAGGCUUUCUUUGUUCUUAAUGCUGAUGUGUGCACCGCUUUUCCACUGACAGAGAUGCUCAGCUUCCAGAAAGAACACGGAGAACCAAACAGCUUUGUUAUACUCGGAACAACAGCAAACAGGAAACAAUCCCUGAAUUACGGCUGUAUAGUUGAAAAUGAGGAAACAAAUGAGGUGUUGCAUUAUGUGGAAAAGCCGAGCACAUUUGUGAGUGACAUCAUCAACUGUGGCAUCUACCUCUUUAAUCCCGAGAUCUUCCAGCAUAUUGGAACAGUCUUCCAGAAAAAUCAACAAGACAUGCUGCUUUUUCCAUAUGAUGGAGAGGAAACAAACAACGGCUGGCACAGAGCAGAAGCCAUCAGGUUGGAGCAGGACAUUUUCACCGCUCUAGCUGGACAGGGCAAACUCUACGUUUACAAAACACUCCGAUUCUGGAGCCAGAUAAAGUCGGCGGGGUCUGCAAUUUAUGCAAGUCGAUUAUACCUCAAUCAGUACAACAAAUCCCAUCCGGAAAGACUGGCCUCAAAUAAAGAAGGGGGUCCUAAAAUAAGUGGUAAUGUCUAUAUCCACCCUACUGCCAACAUUGACCCCACGGCUGUGUUGGGUCCUAAUGUCACCAUUGGUACUGGUGUUACGAUUGGUGCCGGGGUUAGAGUUCGGGAAUCCAUUAUCCUCCAUGGCGCAACUCUACAGGACCAAUGCUGUGUCCUCCACAGCAUUGUAGGAUGGGAUAGCACGAUCGGCAAAUGGGCGCGAGUCGAAGGAACUCCCAGCGACCCAAACCCCAAUGACCCGUACGCAAAGAUCGACAGUGAGACCCUCUUCAGAGAAGGCAAACUCACACCAUCCAUCACUAUUCUUGGUUGUAAUGUGUCCAUUCCCAGAGAGGUGAUAAUCCUCAACUCUAUUGUCCUGCCACACAAAGACCUCAACCGCAGCUUCAAGAACCAAAUUAUUCUCUAGCUAAUCUUCCUCGCGCUGCGUUUCCUCUCUGUGUCAGUGGUGAGGGACACACACGACACGCACCUCUGAGUAACUGUAUAUAACAUGUCAGGAAUGAAGAUAUGAGACAUUCAUUAAGCUGUUUUGAAAGAUAGAUUUUUAUGCGUUUGUCCUCAAGGCUUUAUGCAUCACUGGGUGUCAGCGGUAUUAAAGAAAGAGCAAUCACACAUGUUGAUUCACCUUGAAAAGUGCUGUCAGGGGCCAAAGUUAUUAACUUUAGCAAACUCUUCAAUUACCGUCAGCGCAAGAGUAAUAUAUUUGGCGGAUGUUAAUAUGAUGUAAAAAGAGUUUUAUAGAUGAGCACAUUAUGUUUCCCCAAGGACAAAAUAUACAGUCCGCCGCAAGAACAGUAAUUGUAAGUAAAUACAAAUUACUGACUAGUGACAGUGGGUAAAAAUUGGAGGUGAUUAUUUGUGCCGCGCUUUGAUUAAAAGAUUUUAGCGCAUUAAGUGCCAGUGAAAACUGACAAAAUAAAUCAGUGACUAAGAUAUUGAAAUUGCAAUCAAGUAGCAUUGUGUUUUUUUUUUUUUUUCUGUGUGUGCAUAGCAGGAGGCAAAGACUGUCAAAAAUCAACAGCACAUGGUGAAAUUGAGAAUUUGCAAUCACUGGAGGAACUGUACCCAUCGACGUGUACGCCAUAAUAGCAAUUUACUGUUCUUAAUUAGCUGUUCAGCCAUCGUGAUCACUUCUGCACUUUAGUUUCAAUAAUUGCGAGGUGAUUGAGAAAUGGAAAUCGAGAUAUUGGAGCUGUCGUCAGUUUUACCUGCCAAUUCAUUUGCCUUAGUCCGUCCAAGUCGAUUCUGUUGAAACGGCAGCACAUUAAAGUGAAUCAGGUUUUCCAACAAA